AUUAUUUCGAUUGUAUGUCUGCUACUAAGGAUACAGUAUAGCAGUUUAGAAGUCUAUAUUGAAAAUGUUCAAUUUUUACCUAUUUACACAAGAUUAGUAGGAUUUAUGAUGGAGUAAACAAUAUUUUUGACUAAUGAGGAAGACAACAGAGCUCAUUGUUUUACUUAUUCUUACGUGUACUUCAGUAUUAAAUUCAAAGAUAACUACACAUCAAUGUACAACUCUUAAUGGAAUUUCCGUUAAUGAGGGUAAUACCGACUAUUGUCUCUAUAUAAGAGACUCUAACGCUGCUGAUGGUUCAAACAAUUGUGCUCAGGAUUCCACAGUCAUUUAUCCUCUUUUGCCGUCUGAUGUUAAUAAUAAAUUUAAAAAUGAAAGGAUAUGGACAAAAUACAUUUCUACCAGUAGUAACAUAUACGGAUCUAUUAAAGAAACUGCAGAAAGCCAGCAGUCAACUAUUGAUGAAGAUGACGAAAUUGGAUGUUAUAAUGAUGUAAGUAUCGCUCCAGAUUUGCCUCACAAGUCACCACUGGCACCUAUUUUCGUAACUAAGUUAAAUUGUAAAUUGAGUUGUUUACAAUUGAAUGUGGGAAAUAAUAAUGGUUUCAAAUAUGCUGGAAUACAACAUGACGGAGUUUCACCAAGCUGCUAUUGUGGAAAUUCCUUUGGAAAGUACAAUAAGGCUCAGAAUUCCUUUUGUUCUAUAGCCUGUUCAGAUGGUUCUAUAUGUGGUGGUAACGGCGUAAACUUUAUCUAUAAUGCAACCUUACUUACAUGGUCUACAACUGAACCAACUUCUGAUUGCGUAACCGCAAGCAAAAACUCUCCUCUUCAAACUGACAAUUGCAAUAUCAAAAAACCAUUUAUAGAUGCUAAAUUUAAUUAUCAUACAGUAACGAAAAGUUUUACUGAGGCUCAAAAAUUUUGCCGAGAUAGUCAAACCACGUUACUAACUAUUAAAACAGCUGAGGAUUACAAUAAAUUACAAACUAAAAUAUCUACCGAUCAAGUUUGGUUAGGUUAUACAAAAAGAAUAUUUUGCGAUAGUGGCAAAUGUAUAACCUUUAAUUCCAACUGGAAAACAAUUACUGACUGUAACGCGCCAGAUAAUCAGUGUGUUGUUCUAUCAAAUGAUGGAUUAGAUUGCGCAAAUUGCGCCUCAACGAAUAAAAUUAUUUGUAAGACAGAAAUUGAUGAUCCAACAACUGCAAAAACUACUACUAAACAACCAACAACAACACAGAAACCAACUACGCCAACAACCAAGCCAACAAUCAAACUAACAACGAUAACUACAACAUCUAAAAAUGUAGUUUUAACUACAAAAAAAGUUCAACAUACUCUUCCUCCUGCUAAAACAAGUACAACGCAAAAAAUAAUAGAAAAGACAACUUUAUUAACAACUUCUUUCAUUUCGAAACUAACAUCUACAACUAAUAAGAUUUAUGAGAGUACAAAACCUACACAAUCAAGUACGACACUAUUGCCAAAUACAACAGAUCCACCAAUAGGGGAAAGCGUUAAAAACAGUUCAGAUACGUUCGAUAAAGCUAUCAUAAUAGUUAUCGUAAUUAUGGUUAUUAGUUUGGUUGUCAUGAUUCUACUCGCCUGCUAUGGCUUCGUAGCAAAAGGGCUACUCUUAAAAUCCUUUAAGUUUUCUUCAUAUAUAAUUAAACUCGAAGAAUCUCAACACGAAGCAAACUUGCAUUCAUCCAAAGUUACGGAUUCUACCAACGCUUUGGAUAACCCUAAAAAUAACAUGGAAUUUUCAAUGAAGAACUCUUCAACGAUAUCAUCAUAAAUCUAAUCAACUAAUAUGCCCAAAGAGCAAGCGUUAAUUCUCCGUAAUUUAUUAAUUGAGAAUUUCUAUAUCUCAAUCUUAAUCUAGUCCUUUCUUGAGCUUUUGUUCACAUUUAGGAGAUUUUCUUAGUAAAUCAUCGAAUCGAAAGGAAGAUUAUCCUUAAAAAUUUAUAAAUCUUCAGCCAUAUUCAAAUGUUUAAAAGAAAGAAUUAGGUUAACUGAUAGAUUAAAUGAAAAAAAGCCAAAUAAACAAUAAACUAUUCGCUAUAUUUAUUAUAAAAUACUAAAAUAAUUCAGGUUUCGUAGACAACGUCAACAAGUCCAUGCUUUUACCCUAAUCUUAACACCGACCCCAAUUAAUUCUAAUAUUCUAGAUAACAAAAACAAUAUUUUAAACAUUUGAACCUUUUUAUCUGAAUAUAUUGAUAUCAUACGUAAGAAAUGAAAGAUUGCAUGAUUAAUUAUUCAAUUUAGAUUAUUUAAUUAUAGAAUAUGAUAGACAAACAAAUAUACUUUUUUAUCUGUUAAUGGUGACAGACAUGAUGAACAAUUUUUUGAAAAGUACUCUGUUCCUUUCAGUAAGACGAUCUGAUAUUAUGUCAACUUUUUCCUUUACUUUUAUAAACCGUGCAUGUUCUUUAUAGCUCAUUUGGCUUUUUUUCACUUGAAUGGCUGUAUAUUUGUAUUAUGAUUGCUGUUUUUAUAAUUCAUUACGAGUAAACUAUUAUUCCUUCCCGCCUUUGAUAUAUUCAGAUAUAUACUGUGUAUUUAAUAAAAAUUUCACUUGAAUAUUAUUCAAAAUCUAUAUUUUUCAUCUUAUCUCAAUAGCAAUAUUGAAUAGAAUAAACAUUCAUUAAAUGAUUAAGGAUUAGAAGAUAAAAAUGGGAAGAAAAUUUCAUUGUUUUUAUAGUAGAAAAAAAAGAAAAGAGAAAAUAAAGAAAAAAUUAUGUAGAAAAGAGUAAACUAACAGCAAAGAACAACAGACAAAUAAAAAGUUUAAAUGGAACAAAGAUAGAAAGAAGGAAAAGUGAAAGAGAAAGAGAAAAAAGACGGAUUAAAUCGUUUAAGUAUUAUUAUUAAUAUGUUAUGUUUAAGUAUUAGACUUGGUGAGUAUAUAUUAGAUUUGUUUCGCUUUAAAGAUCUGCAUAUGGAAGGGAUUUUUCCACUGGAGGUGGAAGAGGGUAUUUAUAGGGGCCUGGAGGAGUAAACUUUUUAAAAUCAAUUGUUGGAUUUGCAACUCCAGCUUUUUUAUCAAAUGUUGGACCGACCAAAAAUGGUCGAAGUGAUUUUAUAUCUUCUUCUGAAUCAGAGAAAAAAAAGAAAACAAAUAAAGGAUGUAAAUUUUAAAAUACUUGUAUUAAACUCGUUCUUGUUUACCGAUUAUUGGUUGAGAAGAUUUAUUCAUCUCCGUAGGUUGGUGACGAUGAUAUUCUGCAAUGCAAAAAAUAUUCAUAACGCUAAUUCAACUCACUUUGCUCAUAUGGAAUUGAUGGUAAAGUAUGAACUUGACCCCUACUACUACCUGUAAGAAAAUUGGUAAGAAGGUCUAUUUAUAAUAUUGUUGGCAAAACAAAAUAGUGAAGAUAAAGCAUUCAACGGGCUAGUUAGUCAUUCUUCUUCUUUGUCAUGCCUUUAAUAAUUAACUAUAAUUUUUUUCUUGCUGUCCACCCUCUCUAUACUUUCUUAUUAUUCUUUUAUUAAAACCUUGAUUCUUACUACAAAAUCUACAAGUAGAAUUCUUUUUUUUACUCUUCGAUAAGCGCUUAAAAAAACAUUUAUUCUAGACCUAUAAAACUAUAAACCAACUAUGAUAAAUACCAGGUUUUUUCGGCUAUUUUGUAUAUAUAAAUUAAUGGAUGUACGCUCAUUAAAAUAAUUGAUGAUACCUAUUUCUUUUUCAAAUGGUAGGAGGAGAGCAAAGAAAAAGAUCUCUAAAUAUAAAAAGAAAAGAAACUAAAAGUUUUCUCUUACACUAAUAAAAGAAAACCUAAAGAAAGAAAAAAUAAUUUAUUCAUGCAUAAAUUUGAAUAAUUAAUUAAUUCUUUUUUAAAUCUAUUAAGAAAUACUUAAGAAAUAAUUUCCUUUUUACUUUAUUGCUAUAUUACAUGUUUUAUUUACUGGAUGACGCGUAGAGUGGUAUUAUUUUUUUGUUUCGCCUACUUCAUGUAGUAGAGAAACUCCUGUACAGUGUUCUUUUUGACCUUACUACCUGCAAUGCCUACUUGUUAUUAUUAACCACAAAAAUGUGUUUAUUUUAUAACAUUUUUUCAUAUUUAAGGUGCUUUAAUGAAUUGUUGAAAAACUGUCUUAAAAUUUAAACUUACUUGAAGAUUGACGAUUUUCUUGAUUGUUUAAUGAUAAAUUAUCUACAUCUGCCGAAAGAUUUUGCAGUUUUAAAAAUACAAGAAUUAAUUAGUUUUG